CUCGUGCCCUUUACCUUUGAUCCUUUGGGUCCGCCUAAAGAUCUGACGAUCAGUUUACACCAAACUCGGCCAUUCAAAAUGAGAGGUGGAAACAAGAAGAUGGAGGAGAGGGAUGCAUGGUAUCUUUGAUGGGAAAUCGUACACUAGUCACCACAUCAGGAGACAGUGAGCUUUGCCAAAGAAACUUAGCCAACCCAUUUCUACCUUCACACCAGCAAUCAAACAACAACGCAUCUACUUCAGCGACAAUGCAGCUUUCUCACCAGCCUGAUUCAUUUACCUCCAAUCUAUGGAGCGAUAAAAUACGUUACGGGACGCCAACCGAUUAUACUGGCGAGCUCGUUGGCUUUCAAAGCCCUCCAACGACAACGUUUUCCUUUGAUACCCUUCAACCUUUCGACACUUUCGACCUUAAUGACGAUUUCAUUCUCUUCGAUAAUGCGACGGACUUCAACUAUGACUCUAGCAUGGGAAUGGCUGAGCUUUUUCAGACUGAUUUCAACUCAACACAAGAAUCACAGCCAAUGUAUACAUUCGGUUCACCAGGGAGUGAAGUGUCUGCGUCUGGAGUCAACGAAUUUACCCUACAAGCCCCAGAUCGCAACAAUCAAGAUUCCAUUCAACCACAAACCCUCUCAUCCGCCCCGCACCGUCCCGCAACCCGCUAUAAUUGCGCCCAUGCAACUUGCCAGGCAUCUUACAAGCGCCGAUACGAGCUUUAUCGGCAUCAACGCGUGCAUAACGGAGUAAGGAAUCAUGUGUGUCAUUUUGUGGGGUGUCACAAGGCGGCUCCGAAUGGAUUUGCGAGGAAGGAUCAUUUGAGGCAACAUUUGAGGCAGGUUCAUGGGGUUUGAGGAUUAGGAUUCGGGUCAAGAAAAGCGAAGGAUAGGAAGGAAUGGGGAGGGAAGAGAUGGAGUUUGGACUUUUGCUUUCG